GCCCCGCCCCGCCCCGCCCCGCCCCGCGCGCCGCGGCAGGCCGCGCUUCCCCUGGCUGCGGCGGGUCCAUCAGCGGCCAUGCGGCUCCUCGGCGGCGUCUCUUGCGCGCUGCUCCUGCUCCUGCUCGUCCCCGGCUCCCGAAAUGAAGAGAUCAACAACUCCAUCAGUACUACACGAUUUACUAUGUCUCCAUACUACAAUAGCAGUUCAUCCAAUCUCACUGUUACAUCAUCCACACAAUCUACAACAACAUCUACAGUAGGUACAUCUACCAGUACUACUCAUCUGACCAGUACCAGUCAGCCCACCAACACCACUGUGUCUGUCACCUUGAUGACUCAGCCUACCAAAACCAGCCAGAUAACAAGAUCCACCACAGCUUCAUCAGUCACAUCAUCACAACUCAAUAUUACAGUGGCCACCACUUCCAAGACUUCUGUAACACCCACAUCAAAAUCUGAGGCUGUUGUAGCCAAAACCUCCAGAUUUGAUGUGGGCAGCUUUGUAGGUGGCAUUGUGCUGACACUUGGAGUCCUAGUUAUUCUCUACAUCGGAUGCAAAACCUAUCACGCUAGAAGAGGCAUUCAGUACAGAACCAUUGAUGAACAUGAUGCCAUCAUUUAGAGACUUCAGGGAAGACAGUGUUGGAAACCCAUCCUAUCACAGCUGUUGUAACUUACUUCUGGAAAAGUUCCUUUCAUAAAGAAGAUCACAGUCUCUAAAUCUGUCUUGGGUGUGACCCUGCCAAAUGUUGAGAAGCUCUUUAAACAUCCUGAUUUUUUUUGCGUUGGUUUUUAUAAUAAGAAGAGGAACACAGCACUUUGUAGAGGGGGUAUUUUCUUUUCCCAGCAUUUGUAACCAAAUUUAAAGAAACACACAUAUUGAGUCAUUUUAAGGUACACACACAAGUCUCUGAAGUAGCUAAUUGCUAGGACAGUGGAUCGCAUCAUUGCAAUUGUAAGUUCAAUUAUUUCUCACAUAUUGCAUAAAUCCAGUGUGUUCCAUAAUGGAUAUAAUACAUUAAUUAGGAUACAUUUGAGAUGAAGCAUAGGGCUUUGCAAGUGAAAUGUUUUUUUCCCUAGUAUUUUGUAUUAAAUUGUAUUUAUUUUGAAGUUCGAUGUGAACUUUAGUUUAGCAAUUUUUGAUUUUGAACAAUUCGGUUAAUUUUUAUUAGUUUAUGAAAGGACAUGGUUUGCUAACUGUAUAGAAGGUGAUAAUGAGUACUUUAAACUUCAGUUAUUAGUUCACCAGUGGCCUGCAGAGACUUUCCUUAACAGGUUAUACAAUGAGACAACCAGUAGGAAGCAUGGACGGAAUGGAGAUAGCCAUCCACAACUCUUUUCUCUAAAUGGGUCCUUAUAAGAAAACAGACUGUGAUGCAUAGCUUCUUUUUUUCCAGCAUGUCCUAAUGAAGCAUGUGCGACUGAAGAUAAAAUUAAAAUGGGAAAAAGUAAUUGCACCAUUAUCAAUAUGAUAAAAUAUAAAAAUUACUUUUAAAAAUUGUCUUUUAAGUUGAAUGUAGCAAUCACUUGUGGUUUUUAUUCCUACAAAGCCGUAUGCAAUGUUUUAGCAGCAUUUGAUAAGCAUUGCAAGUAACGCAGAGAACCUAUCUGUAAGAUAGCAUUUUAGAAGAAUAUAAUCUGCAUUUUUACAACUGUUUUCAGAACUUAGUACUGCUGCACACAUGUACAGAGGUCUGGUCAAAGCCCACUGAAGGCAGCAGGGCAUCUCUCAGAAGGCCUUUAGAUUAAGGCCCUAAUACACUGGGGGUCCUGUGCAAGAUGGCUGAUGCUGCUUCCACAUCACUGCUGCACUUGGACUGAGGUAAACCUGCUGCCUUCAGUAGAUGGGCUCCUGACUGACACUGGAGUAAGGAAAACUAGAGCAAGGAUCAAGGAACACAGGUCUGCGUCUGCUUAAGUCACUGAAUAACCCUUCAGCCCUGCCCAGGCUCACCUCUCCCCGGUGAGGAGGGCUGGUGUGGUGGGACGUGGCCCACCCCGGGUACUGCUGGCCCUGGUUCAUGGUGCAGGGCACAGACAGGAGGUGGGGAGAGCUGAGGAGAGUCACCACGGGAACUGCAUACAGGCCUGUGAGGGGGCUGGGGCCCAGCGCGUCAGGGGAAGUGAGAUUGCAGCUCUGGCACAGGUUAAUUCCUCUGUUGAGCAAUAGUUUAUUCUGACAUGCAAUGUUAAAGUGGCUGUAUGGAUGCUUUUUUUUUACUUUUUCACAAGGAGCAGUAAAACAGUUGUGUUUGAGGCACAGAUGACUCCAGCAAACUGUGGUUAAUGAGGAGUCUUAAUAGCCACACACCUGAGAUGGGAGUAGCAGAGCUGUUUCAUUUUUUACUGAGAUUGAGGUACAGGGGGAAGAAUGAUUUGAAGUAACUUUUGUGAAUUUUUCUUAAUUGCAUUGUUUGGUGGAAAACUUCUGGUUUUAACCUGAAGAGUUUGGAAACAAUUCUUUCAUAGAACUGCACUUCCUUACUUUGUAGAAAUUAAGACAAUUAAGUGCAACUCAUUUACUAGGAUUGUCUCAUCUCUGUUGUACGGAUGAAUAAAUAAAAUUAAAUCUUUGGAGCUACUA